CAAAAAAGAAUAAAUAAUAAUUUAUAAAAUAUAUAUUUGUUUAGUAAUAGUAUUAUUAAUUUAAUAUUAUCACAAACUAUACCAAUAUAAAAUAGAAAAAAUACAAUAAUAAUAUUACUACAAAAAAUUUUAGUUUAAUAUAAAUUCUACUAUAAAUUGACAUUUAAGGAAUAAAAUAAAAAAUAUUAAUAAAAAAUAAAUAUAAUUAAAAAAAUGAGAUUAUUAAAGCUUUUAAUAAUUUUAUCUUUAUCAUUAUUAUUUAUUUCAAAUUAUGGCAAGAAUUCAUUUGUUUUAGGUGAAGAAAUGACAACCAAAGGAUUGCAUGUAUAUGGAAGAAAUAUUUUAAAUGAAAAUGGGGAAAUGAUUAUGUUAAGAGGUGCAAAUAGACCAGGAUCAGAGUAUUGUUGUGUUCAAUAUGCAAAGGUAUUCGAUGGGCCAAGCGAUGAAAACCAUAUCUACGAAAUGAGAAAAUGGAAGAUGAAUGCAGUACGUGUUCCAUUAAAUGAAGAUUGCUGGUUAGGUGAACAUGCACCAGAAACAGAGUAUUUCGGCGCAGGGUAUCGUAAAGCAAUCAAAGAUUAUGUUAAAAUGUAUACAGAUAAUAAUAUGGCAGUAAUCUUAGAUCUUCAUUGGGCUUCAGAAAAUGGAAAAUUAGCAACACAACAAAUCCCUAUGCCAAACAAUGGUAACAGUUUAAUUUUUUGGGAAGAUGUAGCAAAAUCAUUCAAAGAUAAUUCAAGAGUUCUAUUCGAUCUUUAUAAUGAACCAUAUCCAUAUGGCAACAGUUGGGCCAAUCCAGAUGCAUGGCAAUGUUGGAAGAAUGGUACUGAUUGCGGUGAUUUAGGUUAUGAGGCUUCUGGUAUGCAACAAAUGAUUGAUGCUAUCCGUUCAACUGGUUCAACCAAUAUUAUAUUAUUAAGUGGUAUUCAAUAUGCUACUUCAUUUACAAUGUUCCUCGAUUACCAACCACAUGACCCAGCUGGCCAAUUGGGUGUUGCUCUCCACUCUUACGACUUUAACUAUUGUAGAUCUCGUGGUUGUUGGGAUACCUUUUUAAGACCAGUAUACUCAUUAUUCCCAAUGGUUGCUACCGAAACUGGCCAAAAAGAUUGUCUUCAUGACUUUUUAUCAGACUUUAUUGACUAUUGUGAUAAGAACGAUAUUCACUAUUUAGCAUGGUCUUGGUUAACUGGUCCAUGUGGUAUUCCAUCUUUAAUUCAAGAUUACGACGGUACUCCUUCAAACUUUGGUUUAGGUUUCAAAAGACAUCUCUCAGAUUUGGCUAAAGGUGUUAAACCAUAUUACACUCCAUCUUUCGAAAUUUAUAACGAUAAAAUUACUCAUUGGGCUGAUGAUUGGAGUUCUGCUACCCGUGUUACUAAUUGCACAAGACAAGUUUUCAGUGGUAAUUACUCUAUCGAAUGGUUGCCAACAGCCACCAAAUCAUUACACUUUAUGUGUUGGAGUUGCAUCAAAACAAAUGAUCACAAAUCAGUAGAAUUUAUGGUAAAUGGUGGUAAUAACGGUGGUCAAGAUAUGGAUAUUGAUCUCUUAAAACUAAACCCAGAUCAAACCAAUUCUAUAGUUAAAACAUUCAAGCUCUCUUCUGUCGUUGAAGGUGGUAAAGUUCUUAAAAACCAAUGGUCCAAAGUCACUGUAGAUUUGACUGCGCUAGGUAAAGAUCAAGAAUUUGAUGGCUUCUGGUUAAAAGCUGAUACAAGCCAACCAACUAUGUAUGUAGAUGAUAUUGGUGUAAAAGCUAUUCACGAACCUCCAACCCCAAUCCCAGAUUCUGAAUACUUUGACUCUGAUUCUUCAUCAACAAAAUUAUUUACUUCACUUAUUUUAAUACUAUCAAUUGUAUCUUUUAUUUUAAUUUUUUAAAAUAAUAUAAAAUAUAAAAAAACAAAAAAAAAAAAAAAAGUAAUAAUAUAAUAAUAAUAAUAAAAUAUAAAAAGAAAUUUUUAAUUUUAUAAAUAAAU